AUGAUAUUUCAGGCCUCAAGGUUCAGCGCCUCGGGACGUGAAAUACCCCUCGAGCCCCGCCGAAGCGAAGCACGCCGCUCACACACAAACCCCACAGACGACGCAGUGGAGUGGUCCAGCAACACAGAGUGUCCUUCCCACUCACAGUGCACACACAAUGACAGUCUCACAUGCUCAUGUCAGAGAGGUACUACGGCAUUCACCAAAAUGUACACUAAGUCACCCACCUACAGAGAGAGGAAAAGAAAAACACAAAAAAAGAACAACAACAACAGGAUACCAACAGCACACAAAGCACUCACAAUACAAUAA